AGUCCGGGUCUAGAGCGGCUGAUCCUCGCGCGGAUAUGAGGAGUUCAGUCGACCUGUCAGUUCAUUAGUCUGAGCCGUGUUUUCUCUGCUUGUUGGGACUGGGCCCGGAGUCCUGUUGAGGCCUGGAGCAUGAACUGGAUUUUGUCGAAAAGCGGCGGCAGUAGCGCAGGACAUCUGCCGCCUCUCACCAAUUUACAGAAGCAGCGCCAGCGGCAGAUCGAGUCGGUGAAAAGCUCACACAGUGGUAUUGUGGAAAUACAGAAGGAUGUGGAAUACAGAUUGCCUUUCACAACGAACAAUAAAACAAUCAAUUUGAACAUCUUGCUUCCUCCUCAGUUUCCACAAGAAAAGCCUGUGGUCUCAGUGUUCCCUCCAGUGAGGCAUCAUUUAGUGGACAAGCAUAGUGGGACACUGGUGACGAGCCCACUGAUUACAAAUUUCGCCAUGCAUUCGGACCUUGGAAAAGUCAUUCAGGCUGUCCUUGAAGAAUUUUGGAAGAACCCUCCAGUGAUAGCUUCAAGCUCAGCAUCCUUUCCAUACCGUUUCAGUGGCCCUGCUGGUAUGGCUCCUUACCCUCCCCAGGGAUAUCCAUUUAUUGCGCCGUUUCCUGCUCAGGAGUCAACUGUUCCUUGUCUUUCGGAUACAGUUCCAGGCCAAGGCUUUGGUAGUCCCAGACCUGCAGCUCCUGCUUAUGGAUUGAUUACUGACUUGCCUUUACCAGUUCCCACAGCUGACUCAUCAGAACAGCUUGGUUUGAAUGGUCACAGUUACAAGAUGCCAGAUGUCCCUGACCACUUUGCAGAGCUCCAUGAACUUGGUAUAUCACAAUUGACAGACUUGAAUGAAAAUGAGGACCUGCUCCUGGAACAUUUCAUCGGGUUGCCACAGUUGAAGCAGAUUUGCACUGACAAAGAUGAUCUGGUUAACUACAUUGAGGAGCUAGCAAAAAAAAAUUUGCAACUUGAACCUCAGUUGGAAGCAGAAAGACAGGAGCUGUUAGAUAAAUAUGAUCAGCUAACUCAUCUCAAAAGCACCUUUGAGAAAAAAUUGCAAAGACAACAUGAACUGAGUGAGAGUUGCAGUUUAAGUGCCCUGCAGGCCAGGUUGAAAGUAGCAGCUCAUCAAGCAGAAGAGGAAUCUGAUGUGAUUGCUGAUGAAUUCCUUGAGGGCAAAGUUGAAAUUGAUGAUUUCCUCAGCAGCUUCAUGGAAAAAAGAACGCUUUGUCACUGUAGACGGGCUAAGGAAGAGAAACUUCAGCAUUUGAUGACACAACAUGGACAGUUUCACACACUAUAGGUGAAGUUUAAUUGCAUGAGUUUGCCUAAGAAUUUUAAGCUUUUAAGUUGGCAUGAAUUGAAAUUUUUGCUCUGGACAAGAUGGAAUGCAUUCAAACUGCAAAAUGAAAAUUACAGAUGUGUCAACACAUUUAAGAAAUGUUAUACAGCAUGACUUUUUUGAAAUGGUGAUGUUUUUGUAAAAUCACAAUUUCCAGUAUUAAAAUGCAGUUCAAAAUAACCAAAAUUUACCUAAAUUUGUUCCUGUAUGUUAGAUUUCAAUAUUCUUGGUAAAUAUUGUUAAAUUUGUAAGCAACUGUAGUUUGAGUUCCUGUGUUAAAUAUGGCACUAACAUGUAAAUAGUACUGAUAAUUGCACUGUUGCUUUACUAUUCAUAAAAUGUUUUCAAACA